AUGUCGAUCAAAUCCAUCAUCCAGGUCCCGCUUGGCGACGACUUCGUCGAAUGCUCCGUGUCGCUUCCUGCAACUAUCGGCAGCGCCAGAAUUUCCCAGUUCACAAGUCGAGUCUCCGCCGCCGUGUUCGAGAUCGCGAGCGACAUCGACGAAGGCAGCGCCACGCCAUCGUCUUCGAACCGAUCGCAUAGCAGAGCAGAGUCGAAUAUCGUGAGCAUCCAGCUGCGAGGAGCUGAUGGGUUCACGGUGUGGUUCAAGGUGAAGCGGCAAGCGACUCUCUAUAGGGUCAUGGAAACCUAUGGCAGGCAAGCGGGCGUGCGGAUUACCAGACUCAACUUUGUGUUUGAGGGUCAGCGAAUCCAUCAUAGCUACUCGGCGGAUACGCUCGACAUGGAAGAUGGUGAUACUAUCGAUGUGUAUCGCAUUCGGGAGAGCUAUUGA